CUAGAUCAUAUAAAUAGGGUGCAUUCAGCCGUAGAAGGUGGACACUCAGACGCCCGGACCACAGAAAACCCUACUUCACGCAGGCAAGGUGACUUCAGUGAUGUGGAGACUGGUCUUUUUCUUUGGCGUCCUGGCACCGGGGACGCUGGGAAUUCUCCCGCACGCUCGGUCGCAGCGCACGCGGAUUCAUUCAGCUGGUCUAAACCCGCGCGUGCCCCCGAAGGUCAAGCCAAUUUUAUAUGAGCGAUUGGAAGAUAUUAGAUCUGCCGAGCAGGUCUCCGACGAUCUGCCGAGUGCUGAAACUUUGCAGGGUGGUGGUUACGGCGUGCGUGGCUUUCAACAGGCUGGUGCCAACAACUAUCUGUCACAGGAAGGACAGAGGACUGACAGUGGAGGAGCAACAGGGUCCAAAUGCAGAAAUCGACCAAUAGACCUGGUCUUCAUCAUAGACAGCUCCCGCAGUGUACGCCCCGCUGAGUUUGAAAAGGCCAAGGAGUUCCUGCAAGACAUGGUGGACAGCCUGGCCAUUGGCCUAGAUGCCACUCGCGUCGGCCUUGUCAAUUACGCCAGCACGGUGCAGAUCGAGUUUUUUCUCAAGAAGUACGCCGACAAGUCUUCCCUGAAGAAGGCGCUGGCCCGCGUUGAGCCCCUCGCUUCAGGCACCAUGACGGGCAUGGCCAUCAAGACGGCCAUGGAGAAAGCUUUCACCGUGGAGGCGGGGGCCCGAGCUGGUUCAGCGAGCAUCGCCAAGGUGGCCAUCAUCGUGACAGACGGGAGGCCCCAGGACAGGGUGGAGGAAGUGUCAGCGGCGGCACGAGCGUCUGGCAUCGAGAUCUAUGCAGUGGGAGUAGACAGAGCUGAUAUGGCUUCCCUCCGGCUCAUGGCCAGCCAACCACUGGAUGACCAUGUCUUCUAUGUGGAGACUUACGGUGUCAUAGAGAAGCUCACUUCCAAAUUUAGGGAAACCUUGUGCGGUAAGGAUGAUGAUAAUGGGAGCGCAGAUGUUCCAAUAGAUGCCGGAAUUGAUGAUUACAAUCUAGACCUAGAUGGCAGGAAGCACAAUAAUGGAUUAAAUAAUGAAAGUGACGAUAAAGGAAACAACGGUUCUGAUGCAUGUCUUCAGGGACACGAUUGCCAGCAUAUCUGUGUCAGCAGUGGCAGUUCAUACACCUGCAAGUGUCGCUCAGGCUACAUCUUGAACCCAGACAUGAAAACAUGCUCACGAUCAGAUGUGUGUGCCCAGGGUCAUGACUGCCAGCACAUUUGUAUCAACAGUGGGGACUCAUACAUCUGCCAGUGUCACACGGGCUAUGUGUUGAAUGUGGAUCAUAAAACAUGCUCACGUUCAGACAUAUGUGCCCAUGGACACGAUUGCCAGCACAUUUGUGUCAGCAGUGAUGACUCGUACACCUGCAAAUGUCGAGUGGGAUAUGAGUUGAAUGCAGACCAGAAAACAUGCUCACGUUUGGGUACCUGUUCCCAGGGGCAUGACUGCCAACAUAUGUGUCUCAGCACUGGUGAUUCAUACGUCUGCGAGUGUCAGACUGGAUAUGUUUUGAAUGCAGACCAGAAAACAUGUUCACGUUCAGAUACAUGUGCCCAGGGACAUGACUGCCAGCACAUUUGUGUCACCACUGAUGACUCGUACAUAUGUAAAUGUCAAAUGGGAUAUGUGUUGAAUAGUGACCAGAAAACCUGCUCACGAUCGGACAUAUGCGCCCACGGACAUGAUUGCCAGCAAAUUUGUGUCAAUACUGAUGACUCUUAUGUCUGUGAGUGUCAAGAGGGAUAUGUGUUGAAUGCAGACUGGAAAACAUGCUCACGUUCAGGUUUAGAUGCAUGUGCCCAGGGAAAUGACUGCCAGCACGUAUGUCUCAGCAGUGGGAACUCAUACACCUGCCAGUGUCAAGUGGGAUACGUGCUGAACGCCGACAAGAAAACAUGCUCGCGUGCAGAUGCUUGUGCUCAGGGACAUGACUGCCAGCACAUAUGUGUCAGCAACGGUGAUUCGUACAGCUGCCAGUGUCGAGCGGGAUAUGUGUUGAAUACAGACGAGAAAACGUGUUCACAGGAAAUGAGGAGUGAAAUAACUCAGGAUGCCUGCAUGUGUGAAGCUCAGAUUGUGUUCCAGAAAAAAGUACAGGCAACCAUCCAGGAGCUGAACAGAAAGCUUGAUGAACUUUCAGAUAAAGUGAACUUGAUCGAAGGUCAAAAUCAAUAUUAACAACGGCAGUGGCAUCAGAAGACAUGCCAUGGAGAAGCAGUGCACCCAGUUUUCUUGACCAGUGGAAGUCCAUCCUUAACCUUUGAAAUGUCUUAUUGAUUGACUGAAAAUGUGUGUGGUAUUGAUUUAUUGGAUAUUAUUUUUCUAUUAUAAAUGUGCUUUUCUGCUCUCACGAAACAGUCUGCUUACACUUCUCACAGGAAAGUCAGGCGUAACUCAAAUAUUUCCAUAUGCCUGUAAGAUUAAAGGAACCUAGCCAUAGUGUUCGGAGUCAAAACAAUGUUAGAUAAUUUAUAGAUUUUUUAUAGAGAUGUGAAAACUAAAUCAUGUCAGUGAAAAACAUUGAAUGCUAAUUAAUAAAUGUAUCAAUUCUUUUUGUAUCACUUUCUUAUUGUUCACAUUUUUUAGAAUGUUUUUUGACCAGUGCAGUGAGGUGUACUGUAGAACACAAAGACUCCAGUCGUAGCAAUAAUACAACAACUAAGCUCUUAUGUAACAAGUGCACUGUGGGUCCAGCAGGUCUAUAGCGCGUUAUACUUUACCACCCAACGAUUAGUAAUGAAUGUUUUGUUUGGUACACAAAGGUACACUUGUUUUGUGAAAAAUGGGGAUAUAGUUCAAGGAGUUCAGGGGCUACUGGACUGCUUCAGUACUUUGCACAACUGGACAGUUUUUCUGACACAAAUCCUGGCUAUUUUUAAUAUAAAGUUUUGAGAAUGUGGCACAGGGUUUUUUUUUUUUUUUUUUUUUCAGUACGAUGCACAAAUGUACUGUAUUUUCUUCUUUGUUAUAGCCAUGGUGUCUUUGUGUAAACUGGAACUUGUAUACAUGACAUAUUUUGGUGCUUUGGUGCGUGAUAGAACACAACUCUGUCUGUAUAUUUUAUUUUAGAAAUAUGGCUUCAAAUGGAAAAUAAAUAUUCUGAAACAAUGAA